CGAAAUCAAUAUGGCGCAUGUUGAUAUCGUUGAUAUGACAAAUUGACAGCAUUGUUUUGUCUUUGUAAUAAGUUGUAAUGUUUCUUUUACAUAUCCAAUUAAAGAACAAUAAAAUUUAAGAAUGACGAGAUCGUUCGGUAAUAGUGACAAACGAUUUUCAAUCGACGACGCCUUCGAGGAGGAGACAGACGAAGCUAUAAAAGUGUAUGGCGCUACGGGCGACAGAUCGCCGUUGCAGAAUAAUAAAUAUAAGAAUGGAAGUGAAUAUUUGUCCAGUAAUAAAACAUACAAAUGCACAGACGACACGACCUCCCGAGACUCUGACUCUCUAAUCCACGAGUAUGUAGAGGCCACACAGGCAACAUACUGCUGGAACCAUCCCAAAGUCAGGGAGAACUGGAAGACAGUGUGCGCAGCGGUCAUUCUGUUGGUUGUUGGCGUGGGUUUACUGGGGAUGGGAGCGUUUGCUGUUGCUGAGCCGGAGAAUGGACUGCAGGGAGCAGUGUUCUUCGUAGCAGGUAUGAUCUGCUUCGUCCCCGGCGCCUACCACGUGGUGUACAUCUGGUUAGCGGCGCGCGGGCAACGAGGCUACGACUUCUACCAUCUGCCGCUCUUCACCUGAUCGCCUUGAGUAAGCCUUCGAAUUCAUCUCAUUUUGUUAGGUAGGAACAGUCAGCUGCUAAAUUAAUGUGUUCAAAAUUAUACAUACUUGUGUUUUUAAGUAGCUAGAGUUUUUUGUAAAUAGGGCGUUUAAAAAAAUUGGCAAAUAUAAAUGAGAAUAAAAAACAUAGAUAAUGUGUGUGGGGGUCCAAAAUGUCGGUUCAAUCCUCGGUUCUGCUGUAUAGAGUAAAAAAAAUCGUUCUCGAUAAAAAUGCAAAAAAAAGACUCUAAAUUCGGUCAGGAUUUUUAUCAUAUACACAUACCAUUCAUUUGUACGCCCACACCCAGAAACGUCAAUUAAACUCUAAUUAAUUAAAAUAUCACAGUAGUCUUGAUCUCCUAACCAUAAAAUGUAAUUUUGAACACAUACUACAUUUGCUGCUGACUGUCCUAUCCUGUAGGAACUUUGGAAUAAUGACUGGUACCAUAUUGGGAACAUUCCUAUUAUGGGAAUAUUCCUGUAAAUGGCAUAUCAGUAUUCGCUAUAAGUGUCAUCCGCAGUUAGUGAUGCUUUGUCACUUCAUUUUGAAAAAUUCGAAUUAUUUGGUUUUAUCUUCUCUUAAGUUCUCUUAAUAUUCUCUUUAAGAGGAAACCUUUUAAGAGAAAAAAGAGUACCUUCUUGAUACCUACUUAUUGUCUUUGGACUAUAAAUUGAACUAGAAUUGAAUUGAACUCAGUUCAUUGAAGUGUUUAAAAAAAUGUAAACAAUCAAAACUAUCGGCCCAAUUCGAACUU